UCUGGGAGUUCUUUCUUCUUCUUCGUAACCCUUAUUCCUCUCUCACGCCGGCGAAUCGCCAUGGCCGCCGAUGAGCUUAUGCCGUCUCACAGGGCGCACAGGGCUCGUCAAUCGGGGCCUUCUAAGAAGAAGAAAGCUGCGUCCGGCAAUAACAAACAACAAAACGCUAAGGCGUUUGCUUUUAACUCCGCUGUGAAGGCGAAGCGUUUGCAAGCCCGCACUGUGGAGAAGGAGCAACGGAGACUUCAUCUUCCGACUAUUGAUCGUACUUACGGAGAACCGCCUCCUUACGUUGUUGUCGUUCAAGGACCUCCAAAGGUUGGCAAGUCUCUUGUGAUAAAAUCCCUUGUCAAGCACUUUACCAAGCAAAAUUUACCAGAGGUUCGAGGACCUAUCACCAUUGUAUCAGGUAAGCAAAGGCGGAUACAAUUUGUGGAAUGCCCAAAUGAUAUCAAUGGGAUGGUGGAUUGUGCGAAGUUUGCUGAUCUAGCUUUGCUUCUCAUAGAUGGAAGUUACGGUUUUGAAAUGGAAACCUUUGAGUUCCUCAAUAUUUUGCAAGUUCAUGGAUUUCCUAAAGUUAUGGGAGUCCUCACUCACCUCGACAAGUUUAAAGAUGUGAAGAAGUUGAAGAAAACAAAGCAACGACUCAAGCAUCGGUUCUGGACCGAAAUAUAUGAUGGAGCCAAAUUGUUUUAUUUAUCUGGUCUCAUUCAUGGGAAGUACGCGAAGCGUGAAAUUCACAACCUUUCUCGUUUUAUAUCCGUUAUGAAGUUUCAUCCAUUGUCCUGGCGAACUUCACAUCCUUAUGUGUUGGCUGAUCGUUUUGAAGAUGUUACCCCUCCCGAAAAAGUUCAUAUGGAUAAGAAGUGUGAUAGAAACAUUACAUUGUAUGGUUAUCUGCGUGGUUGUAACUUGAAAAAGGGAAUGAAGGUCCAUAUUGCCGGUGUUGGUGACUAUGGUUUAGCUGGUGUGACUACCUUAGCUGAUCCUUGUCCUUUACCCUCAGCUGCCAAGAAGAAAGGACUCAGGGACAAGGAGAAGCUUUUCUAUGCUCCGAUGUCUGGAAUCGGAGACCUUUUAUAUGACAAAGAUGCUGUUUACAUCAACAUAAAUGAUCAUCUUGUUCAGUUCUCUAAAGCUGAUGAUGGAAAGGGGGAGCCUACUACCAAAGGAAAGGACAAAGAUGUUGGUGAAGUUUUGGUAAAGUCAUUGCAGAAUACAAAAUACUCUGUUGAUGAAAAACUAGAGAAGACGUUCAUUAGCAUUUUCAGCAAAAAGCCGGGUGGCAAUCAGGACGCAGGGCUUGAGACUGAAGAUGCUCAUCAGUCUACGGCUAAUGGCUCGGAUGCUGAAUCAUCUGAGGAAUCUCAAUCUGGUGAUGAUGUUGAAGAUGGUGGAAUGGAUGUGGAGGGCAGUGAUGGUAAACUGAAGCAAAAGGCUGAGAUGCAUGAUGGAAGGCUAAGGAGGAAAGCUAUCUUCAGGGACGAUAUUGAUGAGAGUGAUAGAAUGGACUCAGAUGUAGCAGAUGAAGAUGACGAGGAGGAACCUGCAAAUGAUGAAUAUGAUGAAAGUGAACCUGAAGAUGAUGGAGACGACUUAGAUGCUACUGUUAGCUCUGAUUCAGAUGCUUCAGAAGAAGAUGCAGAGGAUCAACAGACAGAGGAUAAGGACCUAGGGAACAUAUCAAAGUGGAAAGAAUCUUUGGUGGAGAGAGCUGCCUCAAGGAAGAACAUCAAUUUGAUGCAACUUGUGUAUGGAUAUCCGGGAUCAACUGCUGCCCCGGUCAGUGAAACUCAGGAAUAUAGUGGUGAUGAAGAAAGUGAUGAGGAAGACUUCUUUAAGCCGAAAGGACAACAGAGCAAGAAAUUAGGAGAUGGGUGGAGUGAAGGAUAUGUCAAUUCUGAGGAUUGUUCAAAAUUUAUGAACUAUGGAAAACUUAAGAAUUGGAAAGAGAAAGAUGCCUGUGAGUGCAUUCGUGACCGAUUUACCACUGGUGAUUGGUCAAAAGCUGCUCUCAGAAAUCAAAAUUCGCGUACUGGCAAUGAGGAAGAUGAUGAUGAUGAUGACGAAGUAUAUGGUGAUUUUGAGGAUAUAGAGACUGGAGAGAAGCAUAACAGCCUUGAGAAUGUUGAAUCUGAUGCAAAUCAAAAGGAAGAUGCUGCGGCAGUGGAGCGGAGGUUAAAAAAGCUGGCUCUCCGUGCAAAAUUCGAUGCGGAGUACAAUAGAUCUGAACUAGUGGAGGAUGACGAAGAUGAAGGUGAUGGGGACAAACCUCGUGAUGGUCAAGCCAAGGAUCCAGGAUAUGUUGACAAGUUAAAGGAGGAACUAGAAGUUAGGAAACAAAUGAAUAUGGCAGAACUGAAUGAUCUUGAUGAGGAUACUCGAAUCGAGAUAGAAGGUUUCCAGACUGGGACAUACUUACGGCUGGAGAUUCAUAAUGUUCCUUAUGAGAUGGUUGAGUUCUUUGAUCCAUGUCAUCCAAUUUUGGUUGGAGGAAUAGGUUUCGGCGAGGAUAACGUUGGAUACAUGCAGGCCCGCCUGAAGAGACAUAGAUGGCACAAGAAAGUACUGAAGGCAAGAGAUCCUAUUAUUGUGUCUAUUGGGUGGAGGCGCUACCAGACUCUUCCUGUAUAUGCAAUUGAAGAUCUCAAUGGAAGGCAUCGGAUGCUCAAGUAUACUCCAGAACACAUGCAUUGCCUUGCUAUGUUCUGGGGUCCUCUUGUUCCACCCAACACUGGCUUUGUUGCCUUGCAGAACUUGUCAAACAACCAGGCCGGGUUUAGAAUAACAGCGACUGCUGUAGUCCUUGAAUUCAACCACCAGGCACGGAUUGUAAAGAAACUCAAGCUGGUGGGUUACCCCUACAAGAUAAAAAAGAAAACGGCCUUUAUCAAAGACAUGUUUACUUCUGAUCUUGAAGUAGCCCGUUUUGAAGGUUCAUCGGUUAGAACAGUUAGUGGUAUUAGGGGGCAGGUGAAAAAGGCUGCAAAGAAUAUGCUUGGUAACAAGUCUGAAGAGGGGGUUGCCAGAUGUACUUUUGAAGAUCAAAUUCUGAUGAGUGAUAUAGUAUUCCUAAGGGCUUGGACUAAAGUGGAGGUUCCGCAAUUUUACAAUCCGCUGACUACAGCCUUACAACCCCGUGAAAAGCCCUGGCAAGGGAUGAAAACCCUGGGCGAACUCCGGAUAGAGCAUAAUGUUUCUAUCCCAGUGAAUAAGGACUCACUCUACAAGCCAAUUGAAAGGAAGCAGAGGAAGUUCAAUCCACUGGUGAUUCCCAAGAGUCUACAAGCAGCUCUACCCUUUUCAUCGAAACCAAAACAAAUACCGAGGAAAAGUAAACCUUCUCUGGAGAAGAAGAGGGCUGUUGUUAUGGAACCCGGUGAACGGAAAGCUCAUGCUCUCCUUCAGCAUCUUCAACUGAUUAGACAUGACAAGAUUCAAAAGAGAAAAGAAAAGGAGAAGAAGAAAAGGAAGGAACAUGAAGAGGAGAAAGCGAAGAUGGAGCAGAUAUCCAAGAAACGGCAGAGGGAGGAAAGGCGGGAAAGGUACCGUGCCGAAGACAAAAAGAAAAAGAAGAUGAGGAGGAACUCCGACAGCUAAGCCUCAUCACCAUUUGAUUGUUGAAAACUACAUCGCUUGCUGUUUCAUUUUUCAUUUUCCCCAAUUGCCCACAACAUGUAACUUAAAAUUUUUCAAAGAGCAGUUUUUUUUUUUAAUUUUUGUGGGCAAAAGCCGAGUAAGUUUGAAGCUUUAUUCAGUGUUCCACAUACAUGUAUUAGUAUCUGCAAGACACCCCUACCGAAUCCAUUCACCAUAGCCUGUUUA